AUGCCAGGACAGCCGUCUCUAUACCCUUCGAUCUCGCCAAUGAGCAAAGUGAAAGCCUACUUGGAAUCCUACCCUUCAUCAAACAACCUAAACGGAUACAGCCCCACCACGAGCAAUUCCAGUACCAGCCUGUAUUCGAGCGCCUCCCAAAGAACGUUAUCUCCAUCAGGCCUUCCCCCGAUGAUACCGCAACACUUCAGAAGGUUCACCCCAGUCCACAGACCCUACUCUACCGGAUACGACGUACCAAGCGAGCGGAAGCCCGUGGUAUUCCAGACUAGGCCCCUAAGGAGUUUAACCGUGGUUUCUGGCUCCCCAUCCAGAGAAAGAUCAACCAGCCCGUUCUCCAGCAACUACAGCAUCAGGUCCACGAGGUCAGCCAGUUGCUGUCCUCCUAGAAGAACAUUUCCUCAGUACUACGAAAAAGGUGUAGAGGACACCGAGGAAAAGGAAGAAAGCCCGGUGGUAUUUGAUGCCAACCUGACUUUCGUGUUGGGCUGCAAGGGGAAGCUGAGGCAGCACGUGGUGCCGGUACCUGCGCACCAGGAUGUGCAGACGGCUUCGAACGCACUGUCGUGUAAAAUCUCGGACUUCCUGUCGCGGACUGACCACGUGAUGGACGAGUGGCGGGGGUUGGGGCAUAAGGAGGACGAACAGCACAGCUCGCGGAUGAUGAGAAGAGGGGGGAAGCUGUUGGGUAGGUCGAAGAGUGCGACGAAUAUCAUGAUCAAGGGCUUCCAGUACUUCAGCAGGGCGAGCAGCAGUGCUGGCAGCAACAGGUCGUCGGUGGUGAGGGAGAGUUGCGGUUUGGAGGAUGCGACCGAGGCGGAGUUUGAUGAGCUGAGCGAGAUGACCGCCGAUCUGGCCGAAGAGCACUCCACCUCCACUCUGGCCGCCGAACGUCUCGACGCCGAAACGUCGGAUCGGCUGAAGCUGGAGAAGGAGCUCGCCGACGUCCAGCUGCGGCACAAGCAGCUGCAGCAGUCUGCGGAGCGGCUCGAGAUGGAGCUGCUGUACGCCAGGUCGGACCUGGACGGCAUCUCCGAAGAGGACGAUGACGGCGGCGUCGGAGGCGGCGGAGACAGCGGAGGCGGCGGGGCGUACCGGCGGCGGUACGAGCGCGCCGUCAAAGAGCUGGAGUUCACCAGGCGGCGGCUGCAGCAGCAGCACGAGGACGAUCUCGAGCAGCUGGUCGGGCUGAAGAAGCAGCUGGAGAAGAAGUUGGCUGAUUCCUACGAAGAAGUAGAAGAACAGCGACAAGUUGUCGGUCAGUGGAAGAGGAAAGUCCAAAAAUUGAACGGCGAAAUGAACGAUCUCAGAUUGCUGCUGGAAGAACAGAACGGUAGAAACAAUUUGUUAGAGAAGAAGCAGAGGAAGUUCGACUCCGAAACACAGAUGUUGAAUGACGAGUUGAAGAAAGAGCGACAGGCGAAAGACAGAUUUGCCAGAGAGAAAGAAGUGUGUAUGGCUGAGAAGUAUGCCAUUGAAAGCACGCUUGCGGACACGAGACUGGAGCUGGAACUGAAAGAGGAACGGCUGCUGGCCCUCCAACGCGAAUUCGACGAGGUCACGUGCGGCGGCCGGACCGAGGAGGAAGUGACGCUGCUGCGCAAGCACAAGAUCGACAGCGACAGGCGGCUGCACGACCAGGAGGAGGAGCUGGACGAGCUGGCCGGGCGGGUGCAGCUGCUGGAGCAGGCGAAGCUGCGGCUGGAGAUGGCACUCGAGCAGACGCGCAAGGAGGCGAAGAAGGAGGCGCAGGCGCGCGACGAGGAGGUGGAGGAGGUCAGGGGCAAUGCGCAGAAGAAGGUCAAAGCAUUGGAACAGCAACUGGAGAAUGAGCAUGACGAACGAACGUUGCUACUUAGAGAAAAACACGAAUUGGAGAGGAGAUUGGCCGCAGCUGCCGAAUAUGAAAGACACGACCGAGCAGGAGAAGAGGCCCUCCUACAGAGGCUGAAGAGGGACUUGAAGAGGACCAAGGCUUUGCUCAGGGACACCCAGGCACAACUUGACAGACAAAAGGCUGAAACACCUGGUAAGGCGAUGAUUCGCCAGCUCAGGAACCAAAUAGAAGACCUUGAAUGCGCCCGAUCCGUAGCGGUGAAAACCAAACAGAGCCUCGAAACCGACCUGUUGGAAACUCAAUCUCAGCUGGAAGAAGCGCACCGGCAGAAACAAGACUCCGAAGAACGCGCCAACUGUCUCCUCAGAGAAAAAGGCGAGCUGCAGUCGCAGCUGGAAGAGAACGAAGAGGAGCUGGCCGAGGUGCUGAAGAAGUUCAAGGGCACCGUGCAGCAGAUGUCAAUGGACCAGCUGGCGUUGCAGGAGCAGGUGUCGCUGGUGUCGGAGUUGGAGGUCGAGCGGAACCAGCUCAAGGAGCAGCUGGCUGAGCUCACGACUCGGCUGGAGUCUGUCGAAAGCAUGGGCGAUGCCUCCUCGAACCUGCUAGUGAGACGUUCAGAACUGAAAGUGAAGGAGCUCGAAUCAAAGUUGGAGUUGGAACAGACGACUAGAUCGAGACUAGAAGUCCAAAUAAGUAGACUGAAAGAAGCAGUAGAAAAACUACAGAGUGAAAUUAGUGGUUCAAGAGCCAAAGAACAACAAGCCCAAGAUCAAAUCAGAAAAUCACAAAGGCAUUUGAGGGAAGUGAAAGAAGAACUCAACAAGAGUCUAGCCAAAGAAUCUGAAGCGAUACUGAAAAAGAAAGAUUUGGAGAAGAGGUGCGAAUCCAUCGAGGCCGAAGCAGCAUCUGCGAGAACAGAUCUGCGACUAGCCUUGAAACGGAUCGAAGACUUGCAGUCUGCUAUUCAAGGAGAUAUGGAAGAUACCAUCUCUGAUAAUACUGAUAGCGAACAAGAUACUUACAGUUCCGAUGAUUCUGUGAAUACGUUUUUGUCGAAUAAUAAAGCGGGCUCGCCGAAAAUAGAGAAGAAGACCAUCGUGAAUGAUACAGACUAUCUAGCACAAGUCGCUCCAGUACCUCUGGAAAUUUGGGCAGAGAACCUUCAUAUACCU